AUGUCUGAAAUGAGCUGGGUAGGAUGUUUGGUCAAUGUAGACUGUGGAGAAAUUGGAAUUUUUGAAGGAAAAGUCACCGAAAUUGACGACAGCGACGGAUGUGUUAAACUCAAAAAUGGUGGGUAUAUAUUUUCUGAAACUAGAUAACGUUUUAGCUCGUGUUGAGUUGUAUUUAAUGCAUUGAAAGAUAAAUUGUAGUUAAUAUUGAGCAAUUAUAUUUGCUGUUUACUUGUACAUAAUGUAUAUGUCUUUAUAUAAUUAUGGCAACAGAUAAUUUAGAGAGUUAAUAUAGUGUGCAAAUUGACUUAAUUUCACCUGAAAUGCCAAAUAUCAGAUACUUUGCUGGGGCGAAAUUGGCAAAUUUCAAUAUGGCGAUUAAUGCAUAAUUAAACGCGUUUCUAGUAUGAGAGAAAGCAUAUCCAAAGAGAUUUUGUGGACUUUUUUUCUGUUGGAAAUUGAUCAAUUCUUUGAAGAAUAUAUUUUUCAACAAAGAUUGUAUUGGAUGGUCUAUAAACAACCGGUAGCGAAAUAAUUGAUUUCGGCUUAAUAUAAUUACACUAAUCUCCCAAAACAAAGUUUUCUUUCUUCAAUGAACAAGCUUUCGUUGGUAGCGAUGCAACUACCAGAAAAAAAUAAAGGAGAAUUUUGACGUUUCAACGAAGGCCCUUCGUCUUGGCGAGUUACUAGCCAAGUAACUCGCUUGGAGUUACUUGCUAGUAUAACUGCAGACAAAGGAACGAAACAUUGAAAUAUGUUUGUCCCUUCGCUCAAAAUGUUGAAAUUCUCCUUAUAUAUUUGCAGAUAGCGAUCUCUCCCAACGAAAGCUUGUUUAUUUUCUUUCUUUAAUUUGUCUUUCAAGGAAUUGCAAGAAAAACUGUCUCCUCGAAAAUUGAACUCAUGAGGAUGUUCAUGCCAUAACCAGCCUGUUGACACAUUUUAAUUAGGCGUAAAAAAUACCUGUGGUUCCGGUUUCAUAUAGCAAAAAAAUUAGGGUCGCUAGGUCGGAAAUAAUUUUUUUUUUAAAUAUUUUUUUCAUGGUUUUUUUCAAUAAUUAGUGUGACAACAGAUGCCAUUUUGGCAGCAGCCCGCAACCACCCAGAGAAAAUAGGGUCGCACGGUCAAUCACGUUGAAAAAAAAGCGUAGGUUGGGAACCGGAACCACAGAUAUUUUUUUACGCCUUAGCAUCCACCCCAUUUAAGCAUCCCAAAGGUGCAGGCUUAAUAGGGGUUCCGGAUUUGACUAUAUUUACAAAAUUACAGAAUUUUACUCUACAAAAUUUAAAAGUAACUUAAGGAUAUAUUGUAGACUUCUUUCCUUCCUUCUGAUUUCACAAAAGUCUUCAAAAGUCUCCUUCGCUUUACAUUUUCCAGCAAGUAUCGAUGGCAAGCGUCUGCCUUGUGAUGUUACGUUACGGAUGUCUGAAAUCAAGGACUUGAAAAUAGUUUCUCAAGUCUCGCCAGGUUUGGAUCAAAAUGAUGGAAAACAGCUUCAGUUUGAACUAGAAAGUGCAAAG